AUGCCAACCCCGCUGCCAACCUGGCACAAGAGGACCACGGCAGGACACACAUUCCUGCUCUUGCUCUUCCUUGUUAUCUUCAACCACCAGGUAACGGGCUCAGUGCUCGAAAGCCUGAUCGCGAAACGGACCGAAUACUUUGAGAACUGCAACAGAACUCUCAGCGCACUCCCAGAAACUGGAAUCUACUGUAAAGGAACGUUUGACGUGUUCGUGUGUUGGCCCCACUCAUCUCCUGGGAACGUGUCGGUCCCCUGUCCUUCUUACUUGCCAUGGAUCGGCGAGGACGAUUCCAGGAGGGCACACCGAGAGUGUUUGGAAGAUGGGAGAUGGCGACGGAGGGAGAAUUCCUCCGAUCCCUGGAGGGAUGAGUCAGAGUGUAAGGAGGAUCAUUACUUCAAAGACGAGGAGGACGAAAUGCAUCGCCAUACGGCCCUCAGGCUCAUCUCCGUCAUUGGCUAUUCCCUGUCCCUGUCCUCCCUCACACUGGCCACUCUCCUGAUGGGCAUUUUGAGGAAGCUCCACUGUACCAGGAACUACAUCCACAUGAAUCUGUUUGUGUCGUUCAUCCUGAGAGCCACGGCUGUCAUUUCGAAGGAAAUCAUAUUAUACAUCAUGUAUUCAAACCUACCCAAGGACGACCCUGGAUGGAGCUCCUACUCAAGCUCUGCGAUAGUGUUUAUGUGCAAAUUCUCCAAAGUGUGCAUGGAAUACUUUGUGGCCUGUAACUACUUCUGGCUGUUGGUGGAGGCCAUUUUCCUCCACACGCUGCUCUUCACAGCUGUGCUGACCAAGAGGCGACUGCUGAAGAAAUACAUGCUGCUAGGAUGGGGAACACCUGUCUUGUUUGUGACACCGUGGACUGUGGUCAAGAUUUUAUAUGAAAACAUGGGAUGUUGGUCAAUUGUGAACAGAUGGUUCUGGUGGAUCAUACGGGGCCCGAUCACCUUAUCAGUGCUGGUCAUUUUCUUCAUAUUCAUCAAGAUUCUGAUGCUGCUGCUGUCCAAGCUGAAGGCAGAUCAGGUGAAAUUUACCGACUACAGAUACAGCUUGGCCAGAGCGACACUGGUACUGAUUCCCCUGCUGGGCAUCCACGAAGUGGUCUUCACCGUGCUGAUAGAUGAAUGUGUGGAGGGCAGCAGUCGCUACGCCCGCAACUUCAUCAAUCUCACCCUCAGCUCGUUUCAGGGGUUCUUGGUUGCAGUGCUGUACUGUUUUGCUAAUGGAGAGGUCCAGACUGAGCUGAAGAAGCGCUGGCAGCUCUUCCUGUUCAACAACCACUUCCAGGUCAGGAGCUGUUUUCGCGGCGUUCCCCUCAAGCACCUGUGGAAGUGCACCCAAGGGCGCCGGCCGCAGUGCUCUCGGCAGAGCGACUCCUACGACGAGGGCGGCAUCUCGGCCGCGCACCCCCACCUGCUUCAGGUGGCUGUGCGUGGGGGAGUUGGGGGGCUUGGACUGGGAGAGGUUAAAGGUCAGGGGUCGAAGGGGUGCGACACAACAGGGCUCGACUUCCUCACCAGGAAGAGCCUGUCCAGCAGCGAUGGAGAGAUAACGCUCGGGGAGACCAUGGAGGAGAUUCUGGAGGAGAGCGAGUUCUGA